AUGGAAAUCCAAGCAAUCACUAACGGCGGUUUAGUCCACAAACAGGUCUUUCUUGGCCACCCCAGUAAUGCGAGCGGAUCCCAGGACCGUGAAGAAGACUCCGUCUCGAUAUCGUACCCUGCCACAGAAGUGGUAGGCCAUGGUUCGUUCGGCGUUGUUUUCACUACCCAGAUUAACGAAACUGGCCAUCGCGUCGCCAUCAAAAAAGUGCUUCAAGAUCGAAGGUUCAAGAAUCGAGAACUCGAAAUCAUGAAACAGCUAAUCCAUCCGCAAGUUGUGGACCUCAAAUACUACUUCUAUGAGACUGACCCUCAAGGGGAAGUGUAUCUGAAUCUGAUUCUCGAAUAUAUGCCGCAAUCGCUAUACCAGCGACUGCGUCAUUUCGUCACGCAACGCUCCAACAUGCCGCGUAUUGAGAUCAAAUUCUACAUUUAUCAAUUGGCAAAGUGUCUCAAUUACUUGCACACCCAUGCUAAAGUAUGCCAUCGCGACAUCAAACCCCAAAACCUAUUAGUGGACCCACAGACAUUUGCGCUCAAACUUUGCGAUUUCGGUAGUGCCAAACAACUCAAGCCCUCAGAGCCCAAUGUGUCCUACAUUUGCUCACGCUACUACAGAGCCCCGGAGUUGAUCUUCGGCGCCACCAACUACACUGUGCAGAUCGACAUUUGGUCCAGUGGAUGUGUGAUGGCCGAGUUGAUCUUGGGCCAACCAAUGUUUCCAGGAGAAAGUGGUAUAGACCAGCUGGUUGAGAUCAUCAAGAUUUUGGGAACGCCUACAAAGCAAGAAAUAUGCUCCAUGAAUCCCAACUACAUGGAACAUAAGUUUCCACAGAUCCGUCCGAUCCCACUAGCUAAAGUGUUUAAGCGCGAGGACGACGAAACCAUACAAUUUCUGUCCGACAUGCUACGAUACGAUCCAACCGAGAGAUUUAAUGCUUUACAGUGUUUAUGCUCUCCGUACUUCGACGAAUUGCGGCAAACUGACGGCCAGGAUCCAGAAGUGGCAUCUGUGGUGCAAAAUCUAAACCUCAUGGAUUUCAGUGAUCAGCUAGAGUUUGACUCUCUAACCUUAGAGGAAAGUCAAGCGGUCAAACAACGGCUUCUGUCGUGA